UAUUUUAGCUUUUUACUUAAAUUUUAAAUUUUAUUAAAACAUGAUCAGUUACAGAAUGACACUUGUCUCUCAAGACAGGCGACGAUAAUGGCGAUUCUCUAGGUUUCAAAAAUGGUUCACGGUUGGGAUCCUGGUAUUGAUGGGGAAAUCUGGAGUUCUAGGGAGAUCUUUCUUCUUCUCCAGAUCCAAAGGUCAUGCAAUCAAGUUGGAUUUGUGGUGAUACGGAUUUUGGGAGAUACGGAGGUUCUAUAGAGAAAUGAUUUCAGAUCGAGGGAAAUCUAGAAUUGGGAGACUCGAUUAAGGAAAGAUCGAGGGUCAGCUCGUGGGAAAGGGGGGAGUGUCAACAAAUGGAGAAGGGGUUCGUAAACGAUUGAAGGUCUCUGUUCCACACUUUGACAACUCGGAUCUGAUCAAGAGUUACGCUAUGACUUUGAUUGGGCGGUGCAUGAAUCCGGAGAAACAAAAGAUUGGUACGCUAUUGAUGAUGAUCCCGAAGAUAUGGAAAGUGGAGGAGAGGGUGACGGGUGCAGAUUUGGGGAAGGGGAUGUUUCAGUUCCAUUUUGAGAAGGAAGAAGACAUUGAAAUGGUCUUGGAGUCACAGCCAUACCAUUUUGAUUACUGGAUGAUUUCGGUAGCCAGAUGGCAGCCGAGAAUGUCAAGAACCUUUCCGUCCGAGAUUCCUUUUUGGAUCAAAGUGGAGGGUCUCCCGACAGAGUUCUGGUCCACACCUGCUUUUCAGAGCAUAAGAGAUGCUAUUGGCGAAACAACGGAUGUGGACUUGGACUAUGGGAAGAUGCGUGUGGUGCUUGAUGGCUUCAAAGAGUUAACAAUGGAGACCACAGUGGAGUUUAAAGGGGGCGAGUUUUAUGAUGAGGAAGAGGUUCCGGUUUCUCUCAAAUAUGAGAAACUGUUUGGGUUUUGCAAACUGUGUUUCAGUCUCUGCCAUGAUGGAGAUCAUUGCCCACUGAAUCCUAAGAGUCCCGAGAAGAAAAAGGAUAGCAGAGAGGCGCCGGCGGGCAGGGGAGAAGAUCGGGCUAGGAGUUACAGAGGGGUUGUGAUUAAUGGUGAAGAGAAUCGUCAGGACAAAGGUAAAGAUCAGAGGAGUUACCAUGCGAAAGGGAAAGGCAAAAUGUAUGAGGAAGAAUCAAAUUGGGUGAGAGUCCCUGAAAGAGGGAACAAGGGAUACUCGUCCCACCGUGGCAACAACAGAACUGAUGAGGGGAACACAAGGUAUCGAACCUCACGCUGGGAGCAACCUAGGGAGCAGUCUAGGAACCAUUCGCAGGAAAUUAGAGACAGGGGGCAUCGAGGCACAAGACGUGAGAGGAGUCCUCGGGAGGAGUCAAAGGAGGGAGAGUUGCUGGACACGGGUAGUGCUAACAGGGGUCUUCAGAGGGAGGGAAAGACAUCUGCAUCAAGCCAUCCGCAAUUGUCUCAACAAGAAGGAAAUGGAGGCUCCGAUAAGGUGGUUAAGGUAAUUUCUACACACUUGGGAGUGGAGACUGGUGAUAUGACUGCAAUUGUUCAAGGAAAUAGUGCCGCUGAAUUAGAGUUGGUUCAGAAGCAGGGAGGAACUGGUAAUGAUAGCUUAGGGAAUAGGGGUAUGGAUUUGGAUGAGAUAGGGCAUUAUAUUGAAGGCGGUGAGGGACUUAUGUGUGAGGAUGAUGGCUUAGAAAGCCUAACGGAUGGAGAGAUGGAGGAUAAAAAUGGUGCUCCAGGGGUGGCGCUAACGGCUGUUGCAGAUGGCUCCCACGCAAAAGCAGUUGUAGAGAAGGGAUCUCAAGUUGGAGAGGAUGAGAAGAAGAAAGGAACACACAAGUUGUUGCUUAAACAGACAGUCAUGGCUGCUGGAACUUCCAAGAAGAAGUUUGUUCAGGCGCUUCUUUCACAGAACAAGAAUGUUCCAUCCCGGCAAGGUAAACGUCAGGGGGAUGGUAUAAGAUUGCAGGAGGAAAAGGAUCCCUCACAUCCCAAACCAGUCUCCUCCAAGCCCUCAAAUGCGCCCCAUGGAUAGUACAAUUUAUGAGGAAUUGAGGAGUGGUUCUUUUGUGGCUUUUGGUUUUUAUUAUGUUUGGUUUUCAAUAAGCUCUGUGAGCGUUUCUUUGAGUUUUUAUCUGGUUAUUGUUUUGCUCGUAAUUUGGAUAAGUGGAGGCUGUUUCCUAGUUGUUUUAUUUGAUUAUGAGUUUGGUUUAUGGAAU